CUAGGAUUCCAGAGUCUGGCUAGCGCAACUCCGUAUUCUUCCAAUUAUACCAAAGAAACCUCCCGAGUGUUGUUCUUUUUCUCCCCGAGUUUUCGCCUCGGUUCUUCUACACAAUCUACCGAGUACUCCGUUCUACACAAAAACAAUCGAACCUCCCUCCCUCCUCUCUUACCCUCCAAACCUCGCGAUUCAAUUCCAGAAAGACACCACUACAGCAAAACAAUGACCACCACCACCACCGCAUCCACCCCUCCCCCCAACCCCCUCAAAGCCUUCACUCAACUCUCCCCCUCCGUCUACAUUCACCGUCCAGCCAAUGCUCCCCAACACUCAGAGCAGAUCAUAAUCCUCGCCUUCUGGAUGAACGCCCACCCGCGCACCCUCUCCAAAUACCUAACCACCUACCUCGACCUCUACCCCAGCGCCACGAUCAUGUACACGCUCUCCACCUCUCUGGAUUUUUUGAUUAAUUUCACCGCCCGCACGCAGCACGCGCGCCUGCAACCCGCCGUCGCCGCUCUCCGGGCCGCCGCCGCCGCCGCCGACACAACAACCAGCCGGGACGACCCAAGCCCCGGGCCGGGCUCCUCCCACCCCCGCGUCUACAUCCACAUGUUCUCCAACGGCGGCACCUUCGCCGUCGCCAACCUGCUCGAGGCCUACCGAGCUGCCACGGGCCGCCCGCUGGCCGUCGAGGCCAUGCUCUACGACAGCGCGCCGGGCACCUCGACCUUCCGCGGCGGCAUGCGCGCGCUGGCCGUCGGGUUGCCGGCGAACCCGGUGCUGCGGUUGCUGGGGAUGCUGGUGCUUGCGGGGAUUAUGGGGUGGUCGAUGCUGUUGACAACCGUCAUGCCGCGUGCGGAUGGGGUGAUGGUUGGGCGGCGGGGGACGGUGGAUGCGGGGUUGGUGGUGCGGGGGGGUUCCCGCACAGAGGGGGCGGAGGCUGCGCCGAGGAGAUGUUAUUUGUACUCCGAGGGGGAUCGGGUGGUCGAUGCAAGGGAUGUGGAGAGUCAUGCUGAGGAGGUUGCGAGGCGGGGGUGGGAGGUCGAGAGGGUCAGGUUUGACGGGUCGGCGCAUGUGUCGCAUGUGAGGACCGAUCCGGAACGGUACUGGGGUGUCGUGAGGAGGUAUUUUGGCGGGGUUUAGACUGACAGUACCUUUCGAAAGCGUGGGAGUGAAAUACCGGUAUAUAUAUGUGUUUG